AUGGGUCGUUGGGGAUUCCGCAUGCUGUCCUGCCCUCCCCUCUCUUAUUCUCUGCUGAACAAUGAUACAUCAGGGCUUUUCGAGGGCGACAAGGAUCUUGACAUCGUCGCCGCCAUCAGAAAAGCUUUCGGCGAUGGUCCUGAGAAGCUUGAUCUCUAUCUCAUGAUCAAUAAGACCGACAUGGUUGCUCCUAUGCAGACGAGAGAGUGCUACAAAACUGAGGAACAUGCACAAUUCCUCCGCGGUUUCGUCACAGAAAUCCGAGGACGGCUUGACUCCGGAGUCGGCGACGAACUCUUCAAGAAGUAUCGAGCCCUCGAACACGAGCAUCAAGGCCAGUACCGAACCAUUGUUGUCGGCGCCUUGAUGAUGCGUGGCGGAGCCAAGAUCAAGGCGGACGACAUCUGCUUCCAUUGCGGCAAGAUUCACGCAGACCACGGUAUCAACCUGAAGAAGUGCGGCCACUGCCAGGCUUCCUGGUACUGCGGCAUCGACUGUCGAAGGACCCAUCGCAAGAUCCACAAGGCUUCGUGCAAGGCAAUUUGGGAGAAGGUUCUUGCCAACGUCUAG